UGCGGGAACCACAAACAUAAACCCAGACGACGCUGCUGCUUGCUGGGGGAAAAAAACCGGGAAAACCUUCUUCCAUUUCACUUACCCGGUUCCGCAAAAUCGCAACCGGUUCUGGUGAAAAGCGGAACAAAAAAUUGAAUUCGAAUUCGAACAUUCAAACCUAAAAUCGAAUGCAGUAAUUUCUUUUUCCGUUACUGAAAAUGAUGAACGUAAUCUAUUACGGAAGCUAGGUUUUGGCGAUUAGCAAUUAGAUGGAGGAAGAGCAGGAUCGAAUUCUGCUCAACAGUUUGGGCGUUAAGUCGGCGAAUCCCGAAGACAUUGAACGCCACGUCUUAGAAAAGGCGACUGCUGUUCCCGAAGCUGAAGGGAGUGUGAAGGAAGAAGAUUCUAGUGUAUCUGGAAAUGUUGAUCCAUCAUCUGCUACUAAAGCAGAGCUUAAUCAGAAACUGAGGGCAGUGAGAUUUGAAAUAGAUGCAGUAGCGUCUACCAUUCAGCAAUUGAGAAGUGAUGAGAAUGAUGGAGAAUGUGGUGGUGUUGGCGAGGACAGCCAGGAGAAAGGAGUUGCUGAAGGUGGUUCCUCCAAUGAUUCAAACCUUCAGUGUGUUCUUGCUGCUGAUAGGCUACAGAGCCUGAAGAAAACAAAGGCUCAACUAGAGGAAAAGCUUUCGGAGUUCUGUAAGGAUGAUGUUUCCAAAAAUAGUGACCAGGAAAAAUUGAUAUUUGAUUUAGUUAAGCAAGAUAGAAGACCAAAGAAGAAAUUAAAAAAAGAAGAUAAAAGGCCACAGAAAAGCUUGGGGAAGCGGCAAAGGAUAGUCUCCUUUAAUGAUGAUGCUGAUUUUGAUGCUGUUUUGGAUGCAGCCUCUGCAGGUUUUGUUGAAACAGAGAGGGAUGAGUUGGUGAGAAAAGGGGUUCUAACCCCUUUUCAUAAGUUGAAGGGCUUUGAGCGCCGAUUUCAACAAUCUGCAGCAUCAAGUAGCCAUAAUGUAUCUGAGCAAGAAAAUACUGGUGAUCUUGCUUCUGAAAGUGUUGAAAGGGCUGCUAGAUCAAUAUCCGAGGCAGCAAGAGCUCGCCCAACCACCAAGCUGCUUGAAUAUGAUGCCGUUCCAAAGCUUGAUGCCCCCACCUUUCCAUUUCAAAGGCUCAGGAAACCACUUAAAUUACGAGACAAAGAGGAAGAGGAGAAUAAAGAUUCCAAGAGGAAAAGGAGGCGGCCUUUGCCUGGCAGGAAAUGGACAAGGCGUGUUUCUUGUGAGGAUAUGCAACAUGGAGAUAGUGAAAAUGCAAAUGGUUACUUGGAUACUUCUAGUUGUGAAAAUUUGGAAGCUCAAGAUGUUGAACUUGCCGAUCAUGAAUCUUCUUAUAUAACAUUAGAAGGUGGACUAAAAAUCCCUGAUAACAUCUUUGAUGCACUGUUUGACUAUCAGAAGGUUGGUGUUCAAUGGCUGUGGGAAUUGCAUUGCCAAAGAGCUGGUGGAAUUAUUGGUGAUGAGAUGGGCCUCGGUAAAACUGUCCAGGUCUUAUCUUUUCUUGGUGCAUUGCAUUUUAGUGGCAUGUACAAGCCCAGCAUUAUUAUCUGUCCUGUUACACUUUUGAGACAGUGGAAAAGGGAAGCUAAAAAGUGGUACCCGAAAUUUCAUGUAGAGCUUUUACAUGAUUCUGUUCAGGAUUCUUCUCCUAGAAAGAAGCAAGCAAAUUCUGAUGAAUCGGACUAUGAGAGUGAUAUUUCAAACGACAGCGAUGAUGAAAGAAGUGUACCAUCUAGAAACACAAGAAAGUGGAAAUCCCUGAUAAAUCGUGUUUUGAGAUCAGAAUCUGGUUUACUUAUCACCACUUACGAGCAAAUCAGAAUAUUGGGGGACCAGUUGCUUGACAUUGAAUGGGGUUAUGCUGUUCUUGAUGAAGGACAUAGAAUAAGAAAUCCUAAUGCUGAAGUCACCCUUGUUUGUAAACAGCUACAAACUGUGCACCGCAUUAUAAUGACUGGUGCACCUAUUCAGAACAAGCUGUCAGAACUCUGGUCAUUGUUUGAUUUUGUUUUUCCUGGAAGAUUGGGUGUGUUGCCUGUAUUUGAAGCAGAAUUUGCAGUUCCUAUUGCCGUUGGUGGUUAUGCAAAUGCUUCACCAUUACAAGUAUCCACAGCAUACAGGUCGCUCAAUAUUCCUUUUCCUAUUGUGUUAAUGGGGAAAUUUAUUUGGUGUGCUGUGGUGCUGCGUGAUUUAAUCAUGCCUUAUCUUCUUCGACGCAUGAAGGCUGAUGUGAAUGCGCAGCUUCCAAAUAAAACUGAGCAUGUCCUAUUCUGCAGCCUCACAUCAGAGCAAAUAUCUGCGUAUAGAGCAUUUUUGGCAAGUUCGGAAGUGGAGCAAAUAUUGGAUGGACACAAGAAUUCUCUUUCUGGAAUUGAUGUGAUGCGCAAGAUAUGCAAUCACCCUGACCUACUUGAAAGAGAUCAUGCCUCAGGUAAUCCAGAUUAUGGAAAUCCAGAACGUAGUGGGAAAAUGAAGAUUGUAGCUCAAGUGCUCAAUGCUUGGAAGGAGCAAGGUCACCGUGUUCUUCUUUUUACUCAAACCCAACAAAUGCUCGACAUUCUUGAGAAUUUUUUAUCUACUUCUGGUCAUAUGUAUCGGAGAAUGGAUGGUCUCACUCCCGUAAAACAGAGAAUGGCUUUAAUAGACGAAUUUAAUGCCUCAAAUGAUAUAUUUAUUUUUAUUCUAACAACCAGAGUUGGGGGUUUGGGGACAAAUCUUACUGGUGCAAACAGGGUGAUAAUCUUUGACCCUGAUUGGAAUCCUUCAAAUGAUAUGCAGGCCAGAGAGCGUGCUUGGCGUAUUGGUCAGAAACGGGAUGUAACAGUGUAUAGGUUGAUCACACGAGGAACUAUAGAGGAGAAAGUUUAUCACCGUCAGAUUUACAAACAUUUUCUUACCAAUAAAAUACUCAAGAACCCACAGCAGAAAAGGUUCUUUAAAGCCCGGGAUAUGAAAGAUCUUUUCACAUUGAAUGUGGAUGGAGAAACUGGGUCUACUGAAACAUCAAAUAUUUUCGGCCAAAUAUCUGAAGAAGUAAAUAUGGUUGGGACACACACAAACAACCAGGAGAAUAAUAAAUUUAGCAAGACUACUGAACCGGUUUCUGAAGAUGUUGCAGCUGAUAAUGAUGACCAAUCACAGAGCGGAUCUCCGAAUGGAAAGGGCAAAGGGAAAGCGGAACAUGGUGACGGGGUUGAUGAGGAAACAAAUAUAUUGAAGAGUCUUUUUGGUGCCAAUGGGAUACAUAGUGCCUUGAACCAUGAUAUGAUCAUGAAUGCCAAUGAUGAGGAGAAACUGAGGCUUCAGGAGGAAGCAUCCAAGGUUGCACAAAGAGCUGCAGAAGCUUUACGUCAAUCACGAAUGCUCCGAAGCCACGACAGCGUCUCUGUUCCUACAUGGACAGGAAGGUCUGGAGCUGCUGGUGCACCAGCAUCUGUUAAGCGGAAAUUUGGUUCAACUGUGAAUACCCAGUUGAUAAAUAAUAACAAAGCAUCUGAUGGAUCACCCAGCAAUGGAACUAAAAAAUUGAAUGGAUUUGCUGCUGGAGCGACGUCCGGGAAGGCAUUAUCUUCUGCUGAACUUUUGGCAAGAAUUCGAGUUAACCAAGAUAAUGCUGUUGGUGCUGGCCUCGAACAUCAAUUUGGUACAAGCUCAAGUUCAAUUAAUCAAGCAAGAUCUACAGAUGUCAGAUCUUCUAGAGCUUCUGAAAAUAUAUCUGGCUCGCAACCUGAAGUAUUAAUUCGUCAGAUAUGUACAUUUCUACAACAGCAUGGCGGCAGUUCCAGUUCAGCCAGCAUAGUUCAGUAUUUCAAGGACAGAAUACCCUCCAAAGAUCUUGCUUUAUUCAAGAAUCUGUUAAAGGAAAUAGCUACUCUGCAUAAAGGGCCUAGUGGAUCGAAUUGGGUUCUGAAGCCAGACUACCAAUAAUUAGCUACUAUGCCAAUACUUGAAUGCCAAAAGUGUACAAAACUGGUCAUUUUGGUAGAAAGCAUUCAAUGUGGUCUUGCUACGGCUUACUUUAGUACCUCAUUGUCAAGUUUUUUUGGGAUGGUGAAUGGUGAAUAGCUGUUUCUCCCUUUGGCUGGUUCUCAGCCUAAUUUUGUAAACUAAUCAGGGACAAAAUAGGUAAUCUUUUUUUCUUUUUGGUGCUAAGAAGAAGGCAUCCUUUUAUUGUAGAGAAAGUGAUUUUGUAAAGCCCCUUGCUUACUCUUCAACAAAAAAUAUGUGAUUAGACUAAUGCUCUUUGUUGCCAACAAAAGAAUUCUCUGAUUACUGUUA